CCAGAUGAGGCACAUCUGGACAGCUGCGCUGAGCACUGUGCAGCCCAGUCGCGGGCCCGACGUCAGCUGAGCACGUACCCCACGUCUUCUCCUUCUAGCCACUUAUUAUUUAUUUAUUCAUUUUUCCCAAAGAAGCAACCAAAGAUCCAAGUUUAAAACUUUUUCCCCCUCUAAUGCAAGACGGUGCCAGAUCCCAUCCAACACACAGUUUAAUUUUCAUGGGGCUUUGGGAUCAAAAGAACAGAAACAGCAACAACAAAAACUCAGCCGCUGUCUGAUUUAAACGGGCAAAGUGGGAAAAAUAAAGUGUUGAGUAAACAGAUCGCUUUGGAUUCUUUUACAGUAGGUGUGGAAUGGGGCCAGGAAUCUGUGAAAAGCCCUUCUGUUUGAUCUGAUGCUUGGCCCAGGUGGAGAACCACUAGUCUAAUGGGAGGAGUUUCCAAGCCAAAGGAGGCCCCAGAGCCAGUGCAUCCAGUGGACAACUUCAGACCAUGUUGAAGCAUCACCACCCAACCACCUCCACAAGAGACACACUCAAGGGGUGGACUGUUGAAUGAGGAACAGUGAAGAAGGCUGGAAGCUGGGAAUAGAGGAGACUGAGGUCCAGUCGCGCCUCAGCUGUGAACCUUUCGACAUGGGGAGUUUCAAAGGUCACGCCCUCCCUGGAACCUUCUUCUACAUCAUCGGCAUUUGGUGGACUCUAAAGACUGUUCUGAAGUAUGCCUGCAAAAGGCACAAGCGGACUUCCUAUCUUGGUUCCAAAGCGUUAUUCCAUCGAGUAGAUAUCGUGGAGGGAAUCAUACUAAUCUGCAUGGCUUUAAUUGGUAUGCUGGGGGAACAGUUUAUUACUGGAGGGCCCUACCUGUCUUUGUAUGACUAUAAAAAAGGCCAGUGGGUCCAACUGCUGGGCUGGCAUCAUACCACCAUGUACUUCUUCUUCGGGCUGCUGGGAGUGGCACACAUCUUAUGUUCUACCAUCAGUUCAAUUCCAGCCUCUUUAAGCAAGUUAAUGUUGUCAAACGCCUUAUUAGUGGAAGCUUUUAUUUUUUACAACCACACUCACGGUCGGGACAUACUGGACAUCUUUGUGCACCAGCUCCUGGUCUUGGUCAUCACUGUGGCAGGCCUUUUGGCUUUCUUGGAGUUCCUCAUUCGCCAUAAUGUGAUUUUGGAGCUUCUGCGUAUAAGCUUUAUCCUGCUUCAGGGGAGCUGGUUCUGGCAGAUUGGUUUUGUCCUUUAUCCUCCCAGCGGAGGUCCUGCAUGGGAUCUGAUGGAUCAUGAAAACAUUAUGUUUCUCACCAUAUGCCUUUGUUGGCAUUAUGUUUUCAGCUUUAUCAUCAUUGGAAUAAUUUAUGCUUUUGUCAUCUGGUUGGUUAAAUCUCGACUUAACAAUUUCUGCCCCUCAGAAGUUGGACUCCUGAAAAAUGUUGAACGAGAACAAGAAUCAGAAGAAGAGAUGUGAUUUUUGAUGGGCAUCUAGUCUUUCUGGAUGAACUUUAUCUUUUUUGCAUUGUUUUUAUCCACAGUUUUGUUUCUUGAUCUUUUGUUUGGCUAAGGAUGAUUCUUGGUAUAUUGGUUGUAUUUAGAAUUUUGUUAAAGUAUUUGAAUUUAAAUGUUUUAUUUUAGGUUUGAAAACACUUUAGAUGAUAAGUUCAUUUUGUGCUCAUUCUUGGUAGUCAGGGCCUGGAGUAACUGUUCCCACAUCAUCUAAAGUUUGUAGCUUAUGCUAUGAAACACAUUCAUUUUAUUUGACUUGUAGAUAUGCUCAAGGUUCCCGGGCUUACUACCAUUUGUAACUCAUUAAACAUAGAACUACACUUGUUUAUCUUGUUGCUGUGAUGAGAAAUAAAUGAGUACAUGAACCUUGGCUCAGA